AUGAGUUUCCUCGAUUCUGUCCUCUCGUCCAUCGAGACGGGCAAACCGAAACCGAUUCCUACAUCCUCUCCCGCGCCAUCUCCUUCUAUCUCGUCAUCAAAUUUGAAACCAGAGACUCGCAAAUCAACGCCUACGGGUCGUCCUGCCACUGUCGAGCGAAAGAAUGGAGUCCCAGCGGGGACAAAACGAAAAGCCGAGGAGCCCCUGCCACGGAACCAGAAGCCUGAGGCAAAGAUCCCCUCCAGACCAGCGCCCGGGAAAUCAACAAAUACCCCAGCGCUCUCCAACCAGCGCCCAACUACCAUGACAAAACCAACAAAAUCCACAGCUAGCAGUAAUGUAGCGACUGCCAGGAAGACGCCGCCGGUCUCAUCAAAACCUCCACCAAAAGGUUCCUAUGCGGAACUAAUGGCAAAGGCAAAAGCUGCGCAACAGAAUGCUCCCACCCAGGUGGGGAUGUUCAAACAUCAAUCAGUGCCCAAGGAGAAGCUGAGCAAAAUGGAGCGCAAGAAACGGUUGAUGGAGGCACAGGCGAAGGAGAAAGACACCAAACAGGCAAAGCGGGGGGGCUCUUCUUCUGCCACAUCUGCAGCUGGCAAAUUUGGAAAUCUAAAGUCUGGCAACAAACAAGAAACUGAAGAGCCAACCUACAAGGGCACUGCAAGGCCGCCGCCUUCCCAGCUAGAAUACCGUGGCACUGCCAAUCUUCCGAGUCGAAAUGGCGAUCGCCGGGGUCAGUUCAGGGCAAAUAAACGAUCACGGGGAGACGAAUAUCUUGGAACAGAUGAAGAAGACGAGGGUGAAUACGCGGAUGGCUAUGACGACUACUACUCAGAAUCUUCCGACAUGGAGGCGGGUAUAGGUGAUGUGGAGCAAGAGGAAGCAUUGGCGCUGGCUGCAGCCAGACGUGAGGAUGAAGCAGACAUGCUUGCAGAGGCUGCAGCUAAGAAGGACAAGAUGGAACGCCGCAACAAACUCGCUUCGCUGGCGUCUAAGAGGCACUAA